AUGGGCUGUAAAACAGCCUCUCCUUACAAACUAAUACAAGCUCACAUGUAUAAGCAAAUAUUUUCCACUGUUAAAAGGAAUCAAUACACGACAAUUGUUUUGCAGCUGGGGAACAAUGUCACUGGAAUCGCUCCCGGUAAUAAACUUCACCCAGUGCGACCCUUCGACCAAAAUGUGAAUGUGUUUGCCGAAACACUCAGCAAAUGGGAUAUGCAGAAUGAUGAUCUCGCGAUCGCUAAUCGAAUUGUUCGCAGAUUCAAGAAUCAGCAGCGUCACUUUAUCCACUUCUCUAAGUUAUGCCACUUGACACGACUUCUUCGAAAAGCGGGUUCUGGUCGCAGCAACUUUUGCCUGAAUUACGUGAUCCGCGGCUUGGAGGCUACGGAGAUGAAUCAAUGUUUUAGUCGCAAUUGUAUAGACUUCUUUCUCCUUGCACUCAACUCCUGGCAAAGUGAGAUUUGCAUAAUUCGGGCUUUGUGCAUGAGUUGUUGGAGACACAGCGAACGGCAAAUGUUGACUGGACAUUUCGUUAAACUAGCAACUCUCAUAAUGAUUGUCCUUGCGCGGAUCCUUAUUUUGGCAGAAAAGUCUAUUUUGUCAUCCGUAGAAGUCUACAGUUCAAUUUAUGCUAUACGCAGUCAAGUUCCAAAUGUAGGCGUGGCUAUGGACUGCCUGAGUCGUCUUCCUAAAAAGCUGGAAUUUGAAUCUGUAAUUCCGCUAAAUGAAAGGUGUAUCGCUUUCUUAAACCUACCGUGCGCAAGCUCCCAGACCGGAACCUCCGUUACAGCACCAAAGAACUGUUCCGUAGAGUCUACGCUGUACCGUAGGAAGUCCCAUGAGUUGAAGUUUGUUUCAAUAGGAAGUACUGAUAAACUGACUGGCCAAACACCGAUUGUGUCAAAAGAAUUCCCAAAAGGAGAGGAGAGAACUGCUGAAGCUUCUCCGAAAGUCAAAGGGCAAGCCUUCGAAGAGCUUGAACUUUCUAGAAAUGUUAUUCAAAUAGAUAUUUGCCACUCUAAAUGGACUUCGCUCCGUACGUACUAUUCGAUGAACUCUACUCCAAUUUCGACUCCUUCAGUCAAAUUGUCCAGGCCAAAGGACUCACUGAUUUCAGCCUAUGAAGCAAGGGACGAUAUUGUGGAGAUACUCUCCCCGGGAAAGCUGGAUGAUUUGCCCUGCAUUUUGGUUGACGUCUCUUUGCUUUCUGGGGAUUUCAAACGCAGCCUCACUGUGGAUGCCGGCCUGAAGAGACUGGUCCAAUUCAUCGGGAGCCUGCUGCUGUCACCCAACAGUAGAAAGAACUGGAGCCUUCGCGCUCUAACGCACACAUUCAUGGAUGGUGUGGACAUGAGGUCCUACGGCGAAGUCGUGCGAAUCACCCGUCCAUAUGCGCAGGCUAUCAACUUCUAG